CAUCUACGGUUCCGACGGUGGGACUAGUUAGCGCAAAGCUUCGCGAGUAUUCCUCGCGCCGCCAUUGAAUGAACAGUGUACGCUUUCAAGCCCGGUAAGGCUCAUACCGAGCAUGAUUUUCGACAUGGAGCAAAGAGCGGCGAUCAAGUUCUGCUUGAAAUACGGGAAGAGCGCGUCGGAGACGUUUGCGCUGUUGCGAGACGCGUACGGAGAGGAGUGUCUGUGUCGCAGCAAGGUGUUCAUGUGGUACUCACGUUUCAAAAACGGCCGUGCGUCGCUCGAGGACGAUCCGAGAAAGGGCCGGCCUUCGGCGGGCAAGAUGGACGACAAUGUGGAAAGUGUGCGCGCUCUUCUGGCCGAGAACCGCCGGCUGAGCAUGCACGCGAUCGCGAAGGAGCUGCGAAUCAGCGUGGGGAGCGUGCACACGAUCGUGCGCGGCGUGCUGAUGAAGAGGAAGGUGUGCGACAAGUUCGUGCCCCGGUCGUUAACGCCGGAGCAAAGGGAAGAGCGCGUCGCGGCGGCGCGAGAUCUCGUGCGAUCGGCCGACGCCAAUCCGAAUUUCUUGAACAGCAUCGUCACGGGCGACGAGUCGUGGUGCUUUCAGUACGAUCCAUCGGCGGAACGUCCGAGAAGCGACCCGGAAGAGGACCGACCGAUACGAAGAGCAGGAUCGAAGCUGAAGACGAUGUUGGUCACGUUCUUCGACUCGCGAGGCCUCAUCCACCAGGAAUUCCUGCCGCAGGGCCGAACCAUGACCGGUGCUUUCUACUGCGAAGUCGUCGAUCGUCUUCUGGAAAAAAUCCACCAGGUCAGGCCGGAAUUCCACCAGUCGGGCGAAUGGUUCCUCCUGCGCGAAAGCACUCCGCCACACUCGUCGCUCGUUGUGACGAGAUUCCUGGCGCGGAAGUCGGUCACGAUCAUUAACCAGCCGCCCUACUCGCCGGAUCUGGCUCCGGCGGACUUCUUCCUCUUCCCGAUACUGAAGGCGGCCUUCGCAGCGACCCGUUUCGAGGAUAUCAGGUCCACCGAGAAUACCGUAACGGCGGUUCUAGAGGCCAUCCCGAGCGAGGACUAUUCCAGGGCCUUCCAGGAGUUGUACGAGCGCUGCCAAACGUGUUUAGAGAGAAAGGGAACCAUACUACAAAACUCGAAGUACAUGAGCCGAGAGGAGAUCGAGGAGAAGAUGAAUCUGGACGAGUCCCAGUGCUGUCCGCGCAGGAGUAAACGUAAGCAAAAACGGAGACUCGAGUCUAAUUCCGAGGAGGAGGACGAGACGUACGUUCCUAAAGUGAACGGGAUACCGAUAAUCGUGAAACGUAAGCCUCACAAGAAAAUCAAGCCGAGGUACAGCGCGCCGAACGGCGCGAAGCAGGUGCGCACAUAUCCGCCGAUCCCCAUUAGACCACGUCCGACUUCAUUACCGAGCGGUAAUCAGAUGAAGGAACAACAACAGCACGAAGUCAAAGUCAAAGUUGAGCGGCAAAAAGCGACGGCUGGUGUCGAGCCACCGAAGAAGAGCGCCGUCGUCUCACCGCCUCGCACGAUCAAUUCCUCCGCACCGACGCGCUACGAUUCCAGUCCACUUCCGCCACCCCUGUAUCAUACGACCCUCCUGAAUCAAACCUCAGCAUCUACCACUUACGUUCGGCCGAUCGGGCCCUCCGUUGAUCGGAACCUCAUGAACCCGAUGUUCCAUCAGAUCAUUCUGCCGCCGCCGCCGGCGUCGCAGGUGCCGGUGAUCCAGCAGAAGCCGUCUCAGUCCCUUCGGAAUGCGGCGAACGCGAUGGUGUCCAUCUCGAAUCCGGCGGAAAGUCGCUUCGGGCCUCGGCUUAUAUUUCCGCAAGCGAGAAAUCCCGAUGUCACGUUGACCCCUAAUAUAAUCGAGCUCGACAGUGAUUCCGACGACGACGACGACGACGAGCCGAAGAUCGUCGAGCAGCGCGACAAUUGUCCGAGCGACAACGCGCCGAGCAAUACGGGCACCGCGGACGUCUCCAACAAGGUGAUACCUGUUGCACUCUUCAGCACGGAAAAUGACAUUAGAGAAGAGCAACCUCUGAAAGAGAUGCGCACGACUUUGAGGAAGCCCACCUUCAGCGAGAUAAUGUCGACGCACACUCAAGAGCUCGAGACAUUUUUCGGCAACAUGAAGGAAGGUAUGCGCGACUUCUUCACUUCAUCCGAGAACGAGACAACUGCGGAUGUCAAUUUAGCGACGCGUCGGAAAAUCAAACGGUUCCACCGAAGUAUGCGCGAAACAGUUUUCCAAUUGGCGCAUAUCAACGAUAGAGUGAUACGUGAAUAUAACAAAUGGGAGAGGGUCCAGAAGACUGACACUGAAACGUCGACUGACCGAGGCACAAAAAAGAUGCCCCAAGAAGGUGUGGAGAUUCCCCUAAACAUGACCUGCGUGAACGAGUCUGACACCGAGUCCGAUAGCGAGGGAUCGGAAUGUCAGAUCAUGGAGCCUUCCGAUCGUGUUGAAUCUAGUAAUAUUCUCGAAGAUUUAUUACCGUUUAAAAAGAAGACGCGGCAUUGCGGUGUUGGUGAUAGCGCGCUUCUUUCGCCCAAGGACAAAGCGACUCAGGUGUACGACGUUGUUUCGAGGGAUUAUGAGAAAUGUAUCGGUUAUUCCCUGUUGACGAAGGCCCGUUACGACGACAAGAUGGAAGAGAGUGUCUUGGAGCCUGUGAAGAUACCCAACGAGAACUUCGACAAGUACCAGGAGCAGUUUAUCUUUUAUCUGCAACACAUCGAGGAUCACGGCAUCGAAACGGAAGAUACGAAAGGAUUGGAAAAUCAGGACGGGACCGUGAAAGAACACGCAGCGGCGGCGUAUACUUCGGAGUUACAGCAAAAUAUCGAUCUGUUUACCGCGUCUGUCGGACAGCCGGAAAAUUGCAAUGAAGUGGGAAAUUCGACGAGUCUCAUCGAUUCCGAAGCUUACGAUAAGGCCGACGUAGAUACACCGGAUCACGGGAAGACGAGCAAUAACUCAGAUUCUAACAGUAAAAUACGAUUUACAGAUAUGCAACUUAGCGGUGGGAUUCGGAAAAUAAAAUUGCAGAAAAUUCAAAAUGGUGCCACAACGUUAAGUAAUGAUGACGUGAGCUCAAGUAAAAAUGCUGACGAAGUGGUACGUACAGAAGCAGCUGUGAAAGCGAGGGAAAGCGAGGAGGACUGUACAAUUAUCGAUGAUUAAUGAAAGACUUCAUUAAAUUAUGUGCAACUAUAAGUAAAUACUCUAAUGAUUUAAUUUACAUCACUGUAGUUGUAAAGUCUUCAAGACUGCUUUAGACGAUCUAUAAUGCACGACAGAGAAAAUUAAUAACGCGGAAACGGAAUAUUUAUUUAUAAUAUCAUCGUACGAAAUUUAAUUAAAAAUUAAUCCAUGGCUUAUAAAGAUUUGUACUAUUUCAUUGUACAACAAUGUACUAUUUCAUUAUACUAAUUAUAAUAA